GCCCUUAAUGCUUCUCAAGCUCUCUAUCUUGCCAAGAUCUGGCCUGUGGCCCGGCACAGCAAAAGCUGGAAAAAUGCCAGUGACUCAACCCAGUUCCAUUGAUCAGUGAACUAGAAAUCGGGCACUGUGUGUUUCAACUCCAGUCGGCCAGCCCACAGCCAGGGGCCAGGUGGCAGCCUCGGCUCCUGGCCUCAGUGGCUGUCGGGAGAAUGGGUUGGCCAGCCAGCCUCCAUUGGUCUCACACAGCAGGCAGGCAGCGCAGCCUGGAGCCCAGCCAGGGGACGCAGGAGUGCUUUCAGCUUUUAAGGACAGACUUUGCUUUACCUCAGCCGUCGCUCUUGGGGCCACAUGGAAAGCCACCAUUAGGUUUACUAUAAAGUGACAGAGGCUGGUGUCUCUGGGAGAAUGAGGAAUAGUCACUUCCUGCCUUUGUCCAUUAGUGCCGACCAAUGCAACCAGCUCCGUUUACAUUCUUUCAGUGGUGUUAUUGAAAGGGCUUGGCAGCUCCCAAAUGUUUGCAGUGUCCUUAGUCCCAUGAGGGCUGCCUUCUUCUUCUUUUUUUUCUUUUUUGCUAGCUUUUAGCUAGUGUCUGGAAAGAUCUACUGGACGCGCUGGGCUCAUUUUUUUCAAAAAUCCACUUUACCCUUCAGGGAAGCCAGGAAAAGAACGAGCUUCCAACCGGUACAAGUCUGGAAGAACUUCACUGCCUCUCAAAGUACGGAGUCCCCGGCGUGCAGUGGAGCCUCGCUGGGGGAAAUGUCAGCUUGGACCAUGGGCGCCCGCAGUCUGGACAAGCGAGGAAGUUUCUUUAAGCUCAUUGACACAAUUGCCUCGGAGAUCGGAGAACUGAAACAGGAGAUGGUGCGGACAGAUGUCAGCCUGGAAAAUGGCCUGGAACCCGCUGAAACCCACAGCAUGGUAAGACACAAGGAUGAUGGCUAUUCUGAGGAAGAGGACGUGAAGGCCUGUACCCGGGACUCAGGCUAUGACAGCCUCUCCAACAGGCUCAGCAUCUUGGACCGGCUCCUCCACACUCACCCCAUAUGGCUGCAGCUGAGUCUGAGUGAGGAGGAGGCAGCAGAGGUCCUGCAGGCCCAGCCUCCGGGGAUCUUCCUGGUUCAUAAGUCUACAAAAAUGCAGAAGAAAGUCCUCUCCCUCCGCCUGCCCUGUGAAUUUGGGGCCCCACUCAAGGAAUUUGCCAUAAAGGAAAGCACAUACACCUUUUCCCUGGAAGGCUCAGGAAUCAGUUUUGCAGAUUUAUUCCGGCUCAUCGCUUUCUACUGCAUCAGCAGGGAUGUUCUGCCGUUUACCUUGAAGUUGCCUUAUGCCAUUUCAACAGCCAAGUCGGAGGCUCAGCUUGAAGAACUGGCCCAGAUGGGACUAAAUUUCUGGAGCUCCCCAGCUGACAGCAAGCCCCCGAACCCUCCACCUCCCCACAGGCCCCUCUCCCCCGACGGCGUCUGUCCUGCCUCCCUGCGUCAGCUGUGCCUUAUAAAUGGAGUGCAUUCUAUCAAAACCAGGACGCCUUCGGAGCUGGAGUGCAGCCAGACCAACGGGGCCCUGUGCUUUAUUAAUCCCCUUUUCUUGAAAGAGCACAGCCAGGACCUCAGCGGAGGCCUGAAGCGGCCGAGCGCAAGGACUCCCAACGCGAAUGGCACCGAGCGGCCUCUGUCCCCCCCACCCAGGCCCCCGCCACCCGCUAUUAAUAGUCUGCACACAAGCCCUCGGCUGGCCAGGACCGAAACCCAGACGAGCAUGCCAGAAACAGUCAACCAUAACAAACAUGGGAACGUAGCUGUGCCUGGAACCAAACCAGCUCCCGUCCCUCCACCCCGGCUGAAGAAGCAGGCUUCUUUUCUGGAAGCGGAGGGCGGCGCAAAGACCUCGAGCGGCGGCGGGCGGCCGGGCGCGGGCCGGGAGCUGGAGCUGGGCGCAGCUGGCAGCCCAGGUGGGGCCCCGCCUGAGGCCGCCCCGGGCGAUUGCACAAGCGCCCCGCCGCCCAGCUCUGAAUCACGGCCCCCGUGCCAUGGAGGCCGGCAGCGGCUGAGCGACAUGAGCAUUUCCACUUCCUCCUCCGACUCGCUGGAGUUCGACCGGAGCAUGCCUCUGUUCGGCUACGAGGCGGACACCAACAGCAGCCUGGAGGACUACGAGGGGGAGAGUGAUCAGGAGACCAUGGCGCCCCCCAUCAAGUCCAAAAAGAAACGGAGCAGCUCCUUCGUGCUGCCCAAGCUCGUCAAGUCCCAGCUGCAGAAGGUGAGCGGGGUGUUCAGCUCCUUCAUGACCCCGGAGAAGCGGAUGGUCCGCAGGAUCGCCGAGCUGUCCCGGGACAAAUGCACCUACUUCGGGUGCCUGGUGCAGGACUACGUGAGCUUCCUGCAGGAGAACAAGGAAUGCCACGUGUCCAGCACCGACAUGCUGCAGACCAUCCGGCAGUUCAUGACCCAGGUCAAGAACUAUUUGUCUCAGAGCUCGGAGCUGGACCCCCCCAUCGAGUCGCUGAUCCCUGAAGACCAAAUAGAUGUGGUGCUGGAGAAAGCCAUGCACAAGUGCAUCUUGAAGCCCCUGAAGGGGCACGUGGAGGCCAUGCUGAAGGACUUUCACAUGGCCGACGGCUCGUGGAAGCAACUCAAGGAGAACCUACAGCUUGUGCGGCAGAGGAAUCCGCAGGAGCUGGGGGUCUUUGCCCCGACCCCUGAUUUUGUGGAUGUAGAGAAAAUCAAAGUCAAGUUCAUGACCAUGCAGAAGAUGUAUUCCCCGGAAAAGAAGGUCAUGCUGCUGCUGCGGGUCUGCAAGCUCAUUUACACCGUCAUGGAGAACAACUCAGGGAGGAUGUAUGGCGCUGAUGACUUCUUGCCAGUCCUGACCUAUGUCAUAGCUCAGUGUGACAUGCUUGAAUUGGACACUGAAAUUGAGUACAUGAUGGAGCUCCUAGACCCAUCGCUGUUACAUGGAGAAGGAGGCUAUUACUUGACAAGCGCAUACGGAGCACUUUCCCUGAUAAAGAAUUUCCAAGAAGAACAAGCAGCACGACUGCUCAGCUCGGAGACCAGAGACACCCUGAGGCAGUGGCACAAACGGAGAACCACCAACCGGACCAUCCCCUCUGUGGACGACUUCCAGAAUUACCUCCGAGUUGCAUUCCAAGAGGUCAACAGUGGCUGCACAGGAAAGACCCUCCUUGUGAAACCUUAUAUCACCACCGAGGAUGUGUGUCAGAUCUGCGCUGAGAAGUUCAAGGUGGGGGACCCUGAGGAGUACAGCCUCUUUCUCUUCGUUGACGAGACAUGGCAGCAGCUGGCAGAGGACACUUACCCUCAAAAAAUCAAGGCGGAGCUGCACAGCCGACCUCAGCCCCACAUCUUCCACUUUGUCUACAAACGCAUCAAGAACGAUCCUUACGGUGUCAUUUUCCAGAACAGGGAAGAAGACCUCACCACCUCCUAGAGGACAGGUGGGACUUCCUAGUGGUGCAUCCAAAGGGGAGCUGGAAGCCUUGCCUUCCGGCUUCUAUGUGCUUGAGCUUGAAAA